AGUUGAUAUUAUUUAAAAAUGUUAUUUUGACAGUUUGAAUUUGUUUAAACGUCCAUUGUUGAUGCCGUGUGACCAUCUGUUUUGCGAUACGUGCAUAGCCAGGACUGAGUUUGGCUCAGAGUGCCCUAUUUGCAAAACCCAAUCUGCAGAUCGUGAUCUAAGGCCUGUGACCUUCAUGGAGAAUAUAGUGGGCAUUUUUAGAAGUUUGGAUGCCGCAUUUACUGCAAAUCUUUAUCCUUCUCCUGAAGACUAUGUUGGUAAAAAUGAUAAAUUUUAUAAGUGCAUCACUCAAAGGUGUAUUGGAGAUAAAGGGUAUGAGACUCCUAAAAAAGAUGGGACUGCAUUCGAUAGUUCUAGGAAUGUUGGUUUGCAUAUUAAUCAAGUUGAUCAAACAUCUUUUGGCCCUUCUUCCUGUGGCGAUAUGAAGGCUUCUGAUACUGAUAGUGAACAUAGUCUCGGUAACAAUUCAGCCAAGGGAGUUGGCAAGAGAAAUUUUGAUGAUAUGACAAGUCAAAAACAGUACAAUUCUGUUUUAGGGAUUGAUGGUCAAUUUUGUGAUUCCAAGAGUCAGAAGAGGUUGAACUGUGAACAAUUAGGUAUGGUUGUCAAACCUAUGGAUCAUUGUCAGCCAGUUCAGAAGGCUCAAAACAUAGUAACUUUUGAUUGUCAAUUAGGAUCUCAAAUUGAACCAGCUCUUGCUGGUACAAAUCUGCCUGUGACAUCAGACAACAUGUGUGGGAAUAGAGCCAUUUGUGGAUUUUGCCAGUCCUCUCAAAUCUCUGAGGCCACUGGAAUGAUGCUACAUUAUCUCAACAGAAAACCAGUUACAGGAGAUGCAUCGUUCAGCUCAAAUGUUAUUCAUGUUCACAGCUUGUGUAUUGAAUGGGCGCCUCAAGUGUAUUAUGUUGGCGAAACUGUUAAGAAUCUUAAGGCAGAACUUGCAAGGGGUGCAAAGCUGAAGUGCAGCAAAUGUGGGGAAAAGGGAGCAGCACUUGGUUGUUAUGUGAAGUCCUGCCGCAGAAGUUAUCAUUUCCCUUGUGCAAAAGAGAUUCCAAAAUGUCGAUGGGAUCAAGAUGACUUUCUCGUGCUUUGUCCUGCCCAUUCUUCUGUUAAGUUUCCAAGCGAGAAGUCUGGAAAUGCCCAUUCUUCAUCCAAGUUAUUGAAUGAGAAGUCUGGAAAUUGUUUGCCUGCUAAUGAUGGCAUGCCAACUGAAAGUGGCCAGUUGAAAUCCAACACUUUUUGGGGCCAGCCAGAUAAUAAAAAAAACUGGGUUUUCUGUGGAUCUGCUUUGCUUCCCGAGGAGAAGUUCCUUUUGAUCAAGUUUGCGAACAUGAUUGGUGUAACUGUAUCCAAGUUUUGGAAGCCGGAUGUCACUCAUGUGAUUGCUUCUACAGAUGGGAACGGUGCAUACACCAGGACACUUAAAGUUCUCAUGGCCAUUUCAAACGGGAAGUGGGUUCUUAAUAUAAAUUGGGUAAAGGAGUUCUUGAAAGCCAUGCAUCCUUUGAGUGAGGAACCUUAUGAAGUUACUCUCGACAACCAUGGGUGUCGUGAUGGCCCUAAAACGGGUAGACUCAGGGUAUUGAAUGAUGCACCAAAACUCUUUGAUGGAUUUAACUUUUAUUUUGCGGGUGAUUUUAUGUCUGGUUACAAGGAAGAUCUUCAAAAUCUAGUUGUCAAUGCAGGCGGUUCUGUUUUGAUGAGAGUGGAGGAACUAAUUGAACAUAAUAAUUGCGGUGAUCAGACAACUCAAGCAAAGAUGGUUGUUGUGUAUAACCUUGAUGUCCCCCAAGGAUCCGAGUUAGGAGAAGAAGUUUCAAUUAUUUGGCAGAGGGUUAGUGAAGCACAGGAUUUAGCCACAAAAAUAAGUGGACAAGUCGUUGGUCACACAUGGCUUUUAGAAUCAAUUGCAGCAUGUAAAUUGCAGCCUUUUGUCAAAUAACCAAAGAUUGAAAACUUUUAUCCUUUUUAGCUAGAAAAUGACCAGUAAUUUUCUCAACCUUUACUUGUUUUAGAAGUUAGAACUUGCCUUGGAGUCUUUCUUUUGUAUUUAAUUUAC